AUGCUUAAUUAAGUACUACAAGUUAUUGGUGUGACAUAAAAUGAAGAAUAACAAUUGGAAGCACUUUAUAACGAUUUCCAAAGACCUCCAAAAAUCGAUAUUGCAUUAAUGCAUGCAGCUGCUACAAAAUUUGCAAAGACUGAUCCAAAUAUUGAUCUUGAUAAAACAAAUGUUUGUCCAUGUUGUGGUUUACCUACAGUAAUAGAAGAGUUGCCACUGUGUUCAUCUCGAAAUGAAUUCAGUUUUAAUGGUUCUGGAAUAGCCUUGUAUUUUGACUUCCUUGUUUUUUCUGGUGUCAUUAUUUUUCAGUAUAUGUACAGUAUUGCAAUCUAUGCAGAGCUAUAAGUUGUGGCUAUAAUAUAUAUAUCAAUAUGUAUGGACAAAGAUGCGAUAAUCUUUUAGAUAACAGAAGUGAAAAAUGUUAAAAUGAUUUUUUUAACUAAUAUUCUCUUACUAAUGAUGAUGGGUAGAUAAAUUUAAUUAUUAUUAGCUAAUUGGAUAAUAUUCGAAGUUUAUUAAAUUUUAUAUCUCUUGUAUGCAUAUUAUUUACUACUCUUUUCUAUAGAAGACAUAUUAAUAAAAUAGCUAUGGAAUUAGAUGAUGCAGCUAUAUUAGCAUCUGAUUAUUCUAUUUUUGUUGAAAAUAUUCCUAGAGAUGCAAAAGAGAAUGAAUUAAACUAAUUCUUUACACAACUGUUUCAAAAUGAAACUGUAGAAUUAAGAAAAUUAUGUAUUGCAUAUGAAAUAUAACCUUAUCUAAAAUUAAAUAAAUAAAAGUAACUAAAAGAAUCUGUUUUAACAAAAGUAUUAGAAUUAGAAGCAGAAGGUAAGGCAAUCCCAAAAUCUAUUCCAUCUAGAAUUGAAUUAGAAUCUGAAAUAGAUAAAAUAUCAAAAGAAUUGGAUUAUAUGGAAGAUCAUAAAGAGAAUAUUUUUGAUUUUAGUGGAGUGUGCGUUAUAUCUUAUAAUUAUGAGAAAUAAGCUGAUAAUGUGUGUAAAACAUUCAAAUCUACAAAAUUUCAAAUUCUACUUGAAUAAUUAGGCUUCGAAUAAAAACAUUAUCAAAAAUUUAAAAAUAAUAGUUUAUUUGUUAAAAAAGCUCCAGAACCUGGUGAUAUUAUUUGGGGUAAUUUGGGUAUAACAAUAAAAGAGUAAUAUAAAAGAACAUUAGUAACAAAUGGAAUGACAUUGUUUCUUCUUAUUUUAGGAUUUGGAUGUCUCUUUGGAUUAUCUUAUAUUCAAACUAUUAUAAAUAAAUAUACAGAAGAAGGAUCUUUAAUCGAUUCUAUAAUAGUAAAUGUAAUAGGAAUUGCCUCUUCAAUUUUAAUUUCUAUAAUUAAUAGUGUACUUGCAAAAAUGAUUAUAAAAUUUGCUGAAUUAGAAUAAUAAGCUACUAGAACUGAUUAUAAUGUAAGUGUUGCAUAUAAAAUGGGAGUAGCUUAAUUUCUUAAUACUGCAAUUCUUACUUUAAUUAUUAAUCUUGUUAUAAAGGAUAAAUCAGUUACACUUAAUUAAGCAAUUUGGUAAAUUGGAGGGUUAAAUUCAGACAUAAUGCUUAUUUUCAUUACUAAUUCUAUAGUUCCAUGGUUUACUCUUUUAUUUGACGUUAAUUACUUUUACAAAUUAUAUGUUAGAAAUAAAAUUAUUAAAUAAGGAAUAAAUUGUAAAUACACACAAAAUGAAGCUAAUUAGUAUUUUUAUUUAUUAUAAAAUAUAAGGGCUUUUGAAGGUCCAACAAUUGAUUUAUCAUAGAAAUAUGCUUAAUUAUCUAAGACUCUAAUGUUAGCAUUUCUUUAUGCUGCGUUAUUACCUUUAGGUAUAUGUUUUACUUUUGGAUCAAUUGUAUGUAUUUAUUGGACAGAGAAAUAUUUAUUAUUAAGAAGAGAUUCUAAACCUGCACCAACUGGUAGUGCAAUGGCUGAAGCUAUGAUAGAUUUCUAUAUUGAAUUAAUACUCUUACUUUUUUCAGUAAUAAAUAUUUGAUUAUAAAUAUUAGUUAGGUUGUACAUUAUGGGAAUGGAUUAAUUAUGAUGAAAUACAUAUUCUAACUUGGAUUUAAUUAGGUCUCUCAACUUUACAUUAUUUAAUUCCUAUUUAAUCAAUAUGUGGAUGCAUUGUAGAUCUUGGUAUUGAUAAUGCUACGGUUGAAUCAUAUGAUGAAAAGUUUCUUACUUUUUAUGAUGAUUAUGAUCGUCGUAAUCCUGUUACUGCAGAUGCAGCUAAAGAAAAAUGGAUUAAAAUUUAAUCAGAAACCAUUUAAACUGCAUAACCUAGUGCAAAACAGUAAUUCAAUAUUAUUAUUAUAGUAAUCCACUCAAAAGUUAUCAUUAAAUCAAUCAUAUUAGUGCAGGUAAUUCUAAAGUACAUCCAAUACAAAGUAGAGAUAGUAGAGAUGAAUUGUAAUAAUUAUAGAUCUGA